AUGAAACUCAUUUGGUAUUUCUUCCUUGUGAUUUUAUAUGCUCUAUACAAUACAAUCGAAGGAGCACAUUUUCGUGGUGGUAUUAUUUCAUGGCGCCCAUUGAAUAGUACACCAUCGGAUGGUAAUGCAAGUAUUCUUAUCCAUCAAAGAUAUUUCUGGAAUCGACAAUGGUCUGGUUUUACUCCACCUUAUUGCACAGAAGCCGAUGUUACUUCGCAAACACCGAUUCCCGUUAAUUCUUAUAUGACUUGUCUAUCAAACUGCUCAAGUUCUACCUAUCCGAGCGGCGGUCUUUCAACUGUUAUGACAACAACAGAUUGUGAUCAAAAUACAAUCAUCGAAUCAUGGGCUGGUGAACGAUAUGAUACUUUGACUUUACCUUUGACGACAUCGAUCACAAUUGGUUUUCAGUCGAGUGCAUGGAUGACUGCUCUUUACAUUGGCGGAGGUCAAUCAUGGUCAAUUGUGAAUCGAUUGAAUUUAGGUUUGAGACCAGAUGGUUAUAUCAAUAGUAGUCCUGUUACAAAUACACUUCCAGUUGUAUUUUAUCAAAUAAAUACACAAGUCGUUCAUGUUGUUCAAAUGGCAGAUAAUGAUGGUACUGAUAUUUUGCAAUGUCGUUGGUCAAAUUCAGCAUCUGGAUCGAAUUAUAAUCGAGUUGAUGAAUGUGGAGGUAUUUGUAGUGGUUUACCUUCAUCAACUGUACUAACUGCAUCAAAUUGUACCUUAUCGUUUACUUUACCAACUGCAAAUCUGUAUUAUGCAUGUGCUCUUCAGAUCGAAGAUUAUUAUAGUAGUUCUUCGACUAGUCCGAUGAGCUCUGUUCCAAUCCAAUUUCUAUUCUAUGGAUACACAGCCUCUGCUGGUGCUUGUUCAGAACGUCCAUCAAUCAUUGGUGAUCGUCCUAACCGAGCUUGUAUUGGAGUUCCCAUUGGUGUUCAACUGAAUGAAACAAUCAUCAUUCAAACAUAUUGUCCUGGUCAAACUAUCGUUGAUCUUGUAACCAGUUCACCCUAUGGAAUGACACAUAGUGCGAUCAAUAAUCCCAGCACCAAUCUUUGGACAAUGGUAUUGACAUGGACACCUGCGGCAGCACAAACUGGUCCUCAAGGUUUUUGUGCUGGUGCUAUUGACAAUAGUAGUUUACAAUCUGAUCCAUGGUGCAUAACAUAUCUAGUUGGCUAUGAUUCACCCGAUCUGAUCCGUCCGACACUAGUACAAGGAUCAGCAAGUCCCGUGGGCACUGUUUUCUCCAAUCAAACUCUCUUUUCAAUCGAAGCGUCAAGUACAGUUGGUCGUCCAACUCGUAAUGGAACAGAUGUUUGUUUUCAUGAUGCAGAUACGAAUGUGUCAGUGGUGUGUUAUGAUGCUGGCUAUGCAUCAAAUCUGGUUUACACUGGAGACACAAUUGUCAUUGUUGCAAUCUAUUCGUGGAUACCUGGUAAAACUUAUUAUGUUACAAUGGACAGUGGAUUUGCAAGUGGAAAUGUUUUUUGUCAUGCGGAAUCUGCACCCGUCACUGAUCCAACCUAUUGGCGAUUCAAUAUUUGGAAUCCAGCUGUUUCAAGUACAACGACAACAACCACCACACCAUUCACAACUGCGACAGUCACAACUCGACCAACAUCAACUACCAGCAUCAAUACUCUGUUGACAACAACUGGUAUUGUGGUAACAACAACGACUGCUAUGACAACAAAUGCAACCACUGCAAGUACUUCUAACUCGACUACAGCUGCCUCAACAACAGCUGCUGCAACUACAUCAAGUGGAACAAGUGAAUCGACAGUUGGUGUUAUGUAUCCAAAAGACUUCGAAAAUGCAUGUCAACAAACAGUAGCGAUAAUGACACCUGUUUUCUUGAUUACUCUGAUGCCUGUGCAUGCUGUGGUGAUGUAUGCUGCAUUCAUCAAAAUCUCAAAUAUGCUCAAUCCAGCUCAUAUCCAAGCGCAAGCCAGACAUAAACAACGACUACGACGCAUUUUUGCAGCUUAA